GUUGUUUUAAUGUGCAGUCAUCCGUUGCGUCAGACUUACACUCUUGGCGUUGUCUUUCUUUGGAUUCUAAUUCCAAGUUAGAUUGUAAGUCUGUUUAAAGUCGACUUGUGUACUAAUUAGUGUGGAUAGACUGGGUGCCCAUCCUGUUUCAUGGUUGAAGGCUGUAAUCAUCCACAGGCAGAUGGUAGUUGGUGUCAUCGAAAAUGGCUAUCAACAUCAAUCGAGAGGUUGAAGAUACCUUUUACAGGUAUAAAAUGCCGAAACUUACUGCCAAGGUAGAGGGCAAAGGGAAUGGUAUUAAAACAGUCAUCGUAAAUGUGUCAGAUAUCGCCAAAGCAUUGUACCGAAAACCCAUUUAUCUCACUAAGUUCUUCGGGUGUGAGCUAGGGGCUCAAAUCCAUGUAGACGAGAAGAAUGAACGCUAUAUCGUUAAUGGUGCUCAUCAAGCAGAGAAAUUGCAGGAACUACUAGAUGGUUUCAUUAAAAAGUUUGUGUUGUGCCAGAGCUGCGGGAAUCCGGAGACUACCAUGCACGUCAACAAACGAGGAGGUACAGUUGCUACAACAUGUAAAGCAUGUGGCAGUCAGGGACAGUUGGACGUUACUCACAGGCUGACCCAGUACAUAGUCAAAAACCCUCCAGAACCAGAAGCUACUCCAGCUAAAUCUAAGCAAAAGAAAGGAAAGAAGACGAAAGGUGAAAAUGAAGAUGACGAUAAUGAAGCAAACACUAACGGAGAUGAGAAUAGUCGCAGCAGUCCUGUUAAUGCUGAUGAAGAUAAUGAAGAUGACGACUGGCUAGAGGACACUACUGAGGAAGCGCGACGUCAGAGGAUCAACACUUUAUCAGCCAUGGCAAAGUCCCUUGCUUUGUGUGACGACGUGGAGCGCUCUGAAACGGAGAGAGCAGAUAUUUUCUACAAACACUUGUCACAGAUGCAUCAGAAUGACAAAGUCCUGGCAAACCGUAAAGAGGUGAGACUGGAAGCCGACCGUCUUAGUCUUGGUCCACGUGCCGUGUUGGUUAUCGCCGAGGUGUUAUUUAAUAACCCAUCUACUAUUCUGAAUGAUAUAAAGAAAUACGCCCCGUUAUUACUUUUGUUCACUCGGUCGGGUGAAGAUCAGAAACGAGCCCAAAUGUACACAUGGGGUGCCAUGGCGAAGCUUAUCGAAAGACAUUCGGACCAAAAUCUAAUAGAUAAGGCGUGUCAUCUUCUUAAGACAUUGUACGAUUGCGACGUUAUCGAAGAAGACAUUAUUUUGGAUUGGUACGACAAAGGACCUUCAAAAAAAUUUGUAUCUCGCGAGUUAAGUGCAAAAAUACUGGCUCGCUGCUCUCCUAUGGUGACAUGGUUGCGACAAGCUGAAGAGGAAGAGUCGGAAAGUUCUGAAGAGGAGUCUGAGGCUAAUAACCACACAAUCACUCAACCUAUUAAUGGGUCAAACAGUGCCAAGGUUCCUGCCACUAAUGUGACGGAUGAUGAAGAUGACGAUGUGGACAUAGAUGCUAUAUAAAACGUCACACCAAACCGUGUUGAAUUACUGAGCUACCAAGCUUUAGCCCGUCUCUGAUUCCUAAUUUUUUGUUGUCUUUUUCUAAUAAAUAUAUUCCUGCCUGGUAGUU